AUGAAAAGCGAGAUAAAUAAUAUAGAUAAUGUCCAAGAAAGCAAAUAUGAGGAUAUGGAUAGGGACUAUUAUAACUGUAUAAAGAAUUGCGCAGCAGAUUUACAAAAUUUAUCAUUAAAUUUUUUUCCGUCAAUUAAUGCAUAUGCAUGUAUUCCAAAACUGAAUGCUAUAAAUUCGAUUACCUUUCAUCCUUGUAUAUCAACUAAAGAUUAUUUUAAUAAUACCUAUUCUUUUAAGCCUUUAUUUACCCACCAUUUUUUUAGCGACAGUGAGCAGAUAAUUGGGUUCGAAUCGUUGAAAAUCGACUUUUAUUAUACAUGUGAUUGUUAUGAAGUAUACAUGAAAUUGAGUGGUUCAAUAUCUGACCAAUAUGAAAAUUCUAAUUAUAUUAUGUUAUUACUUUUGCAAAGUUUGUAUAUCACUACCCCUUAUCCGGGGGGGUUUGUUGAAUCUGAAGAAGAUUUUUUAAAAAUUUUAAAAAGAAACGAGAUAAAACAGGAUAAAAAUAAACAUAAAAAAUCUAGAAAUAUAAAAGACAAACAUUAUAAAAAUAUCAUAAAUAGAAAUAAUUAUAUUCCUCCUGGUUUUGUAAUAUAUGAAAAAAAACUUAGUGAAAAAAUAUAUUUGCAAAUAAGAAAAUGUGGAUUUUCACAAACAUAUUUUAAAUCAAAAAAUAAAAACAAUAAUAGAUUGGAUAAAUCUGGAACUACACAUGAUUCUUUUUGUAACAAUACUGAUAUUUUACUUCGAGCAAGUAAUAAUAUAAAUAAUAUGAAUAUUGAUAAUCCUAUUAAAUUAGACAAAUCGGAAUUGAAUAUGGUUCAUAAUAAUAUGAAUAAAAUUUCAAAUAAUGAAAGUAUUUCUAAUAGUACAUGUAAAAAUUCUAGUAACAAUAGUAAUAUAUGUUUGAGCAAUAGCACUCGAUCCAUUGAAAAUGAAAAAAUCGACGAAGAAGAAAAAAAUAAUGUUAAACAAAAUGGAAAUAUCGAAUUAAAUGAUAAAGAUAGUGAAAAUAAAUUUUUAGAAGAAGAUAUAAAAAAUCGAGAAAUUGAUAUUGAUAAUAAAAAAGGGAAAAAGAAAUUUACAAAAUAUGUUACAGAAAAAGAUUUAUCAAAACUAUAUAAAGAAUAUUUAAACAUCAUAAAUGAUAAGAAAAAAAAAGAUACAACUUUAAAGGAUGUGAAGGAAAAAUCGAACAAUCUUGAAAAAAUAAAUGAAUCUGAAAUGGGAUUGAAUGAAAAUAUGGAAAAUGUUGAAAAACAAGAAGAAGGUAAAGAAUCUAUUAUUGAAAGUAAAAUGAUAAAACCAAAACAAAAUGUUAAAAAUGAAAAAAUUAAUGAGGGAAUAAUUGAAAAAACAGAUGAAGAAAAAAAAAAAAGAAGAGGAGCAAUAGAAGAUAAAUAUAAUAAAUAUGAUUAUACAAUAAAAGCAAAUUUUGAAUUAUUACAUCGAAAAGUAGAAUGGUUUUAUCACUGGUUUAUUGAAAGUGCAUCUAAUAUUGAAUAUGAUUGUCGAUGGAAUGUUAUUCUUCCAUAUAUAGUAUUUAAACAGGAAAAUACAAAAAGUUUUAGUGAAAAUGAUUUUAUAGAUUCUCUAAAUAUUUAUUUAAAUCGAAAAAGAGGAAUUGUUGAAAACAAAGCAGGUGAUAAAAACAAUUGCUGUGAUAAUGAUGAAGAAAUAAAAAUAAAAAAUGUUGGAAAAAGAGGAUUUAGUGAAAUAAAUUCGAACGAAAAAAAAAACAAUUUGAAGAAUAAACGGGUUAAAAAGGGUGAAGAUAAUACAGACAGAAGUGAGCAGACAAAAAUUGAUGAAAAUAGAGAUGGAAUAAAAAGUAAAGAUUUCAACAAAUUUGAAAUGGAAGAAAUAGAAUAUGUACUUAGCCGUGAAACAGUUAUGCAAGUUGUUAAUGAGACGUUGAAUAAUAGAUAUGAAAAAGAGGAAGAAUGUUAUUACUCUUUUCAUAAAAAAUAUGAUGUUGUUUAUUUAUGUUCAGAUUUAAAGAAUGAUGGAAAUUUAUUAAUUUGUGACAAACCUGAAAAUGGCGAAAAUGGUAAAAUAGUAAAAUUCGAAGAAAAUAAUCCAGAAUAUGUAAUGAAUAUGAUUGAUGCAAAAAAAAAAAUAAUAGUAGAGCAAACAAAAAAUAAAAAAGGAAGAAGACGAAGUAAUAGUGAUAGUGGACAAGGAAGUAACAAAGGUGAUAGUAAUGAAGAAGAUUCAGAAUAUUUAUAUUAUUAUUAUUUAUUUGGAUUAGCAACAACAUAUACAUUUUUUACUUUUCAAUUUGAUAGAAAUCGAAUAUCACAAUUCUUGAUUUUUCCACCUAUGCAAAAUAAAGGAUUAGGAAUGAAAGUAUUGGAAAAAAUUUAUCAUUUAUCGAUUGUCAAUUCUAACAUAAAAGAAAUUACUGUAGAAGAUCCAGCAGCAUCUUUUACACAUUUAAGAGACAUCAUAACAAUAAAAAUAUGUAUUGAUUUGAAAAUUUUAAGUCCAACUAUAUUAUAUCCUGAUGAGUAUUUAAAGACAAAGAAUAUCGAAAAAGAACAUGUAGAAUUAGAUAAAAAAAAAUUUAUAAAAGUCUGUAAAGAAACUCAUAAACAGAUUACACGAAUGAUUGAAACAAUAUCUUUAGCUGGUGUUUUACCUUACCCUGCUCCUUUAUAUAUUGAAAAUGAAGAUAAGCAUGUUCAUUUUCGAAAAAAAGAGAAAAAUGAAAAUGUGAAUAUAGCAAACUCAAUGGAGCAUUUCGAAGCUUCAGAUGCAUGUAAAGAUGUCCGAAUAAAAAUUAAAAAACGGAUAAAAAGUGAUUACAUUGGAAAUCUUAUAAACAAAAAUACCAACUGUAUGUCUAGUGAUGUUUUCCGAGAUUAUGUAAAGGAAGAGCUAAAUAAUUUGUGGAAGAAACAGUGUAAAGUAUAUUACAGAACCAUCAAAAAGUUGAGGUCAUUAUACCCACUUUAA